AUGUGCAUACGCUGGGUCUAUGAAGCAAUAGAUGCAGAGGUAAGAGUAGAGCUGAACGCAGGCACUGUUGUGCAGGGAACACUCAGGAGCAUAGACAAAAGAGAGAACAUAGCCGUGGAGCUGCCCAAUAAAUCCACUGUUCUAAUAUCCAGCACGGCAAUAAAUGCAAUCAUACUUCCCGAGCUGAUACAGGCCGUGCUCUCCCAGACAGCACUGCCUGCAAGAGAUACAAAGUCUACACAAGACAACACCCCGAGCAGCAGCAGAUAA